AUGUCUGUCACAACGUCCCUCUGGUGGCCCGAGGACAGAAUCAAGGCCACACUGUGCUCAGAGUAUGUUUUCAGUCAUCUGCCAUCCAACGUCCUGCACCGUCUCGUCGAGCCCUUGCCUUGGGGAGAGGGUCUGACUAGUGAAACUUAUCUCGACUGGAUUAUCUCCAAGGCGGGGAGACUCUUUCUCAUUUUGGUCGAUAUUGGAAUUCCGGAUCGCAUUUUUGCCCUGGUAGAUGAAUCAUUUGAUGACUCGGAUCUGCCCAUUGCUGCCCACAGCGUCGAUCGCCUCCGCCUUUCACCAGAAAUUGGGAAUCCAGCUUUGGAAUCCAAGUUCUUCCUGGCACAAUGGCGAUUCAUCGUUCGCGGAAUUGGCGAAGGGGGUUAUGUUAAAUACACGGAGAAUGAAGGUGUUCCCGUGGAGCUUCUACGGACAGGGACGGCGCUCGUGAGAGAGGGCGUCGAAAAGGUCGUCCUAGCUGGUGCUGUCUGCCGAGUUUAUUUGCGGACACAGGUUACAAUCGGAGGGGCACCGCAUUUCUUCGAAGAAGAUGAGGUCCUUGAGGAGAUUAGGUCGUUGAGAAGACUGUCCCAUGACCAUGUAUACUCCAUAUUUGGGUCUUACUUCGUUGAUAAAACCGUUUGCAUCCUUUUCACAGGUGUAUACGAGCGCACCCUGAUCUCUUUCCUCACCGAUGUUCCGCAGCACUUUAAACGUCUCCCCAAAGCUCAGCGUCGAGGGAUUUUACUUAAUUGGCCACAUUGCCUUGCGAAUGGGCUGUCAUGGCUCCAUACGCAUAACCAAGUUCAUGGGGCCAUUCGUCCUUCCAACAUACUCGUCGAUGCUGAUUACAGGAUCUUCCUGGGUCAAUUCGAAGCUCUCGAUACCUUAUUACCCCCCGUCAGAGUAGACGAUGUUGAAUCAUAUCAAUAUGGUGCUCCGGAGCGUUGGGUACGCUCGGCUGGCAUUCAACAGACGGGGCCACAACGGACUGAUCUCCCAUCCGGUGGGCGUACGGCUCGGAAACAGUCAGCACGUCCGAUGAGACUAAAUCUAUCGCUAUUGAAGGGAUCCCAUCAGGCGGAGGACGAAGCGGUUAGCCCACGAACUGAAUCUAUGGUUUCCCAGAGCACAGCCAUACGUGUUGGCUCCCCUGGGUCUCGGUUUUCCUUUGCCGCCUCUUCAUCUUCGGGGUCCAGCAACGGGAGUGCUCAUAAACGUGCUAUAGCCUCGGUUAAGCGACCUAUUCUAUAUACGCCCUCUAUCACGUCUUCUAACUCGUCUGGGUCUUCUUCAAAUAGGACCUCCACAGGGAUAAAUCUAGUCGGGUUGCCGGAUACAAACUCUAGCGCGGCGGUAGUCCACACAUGGGAAUCACACCAAACCAACCCGGAAGCGUCAGACGUCUUUUCUCUUGGAGCGGUUAUACUGGACAUAUUCACCCACCUCUGCAAGCGCAAGCUUUCCGCCUUUGCCCAUCAUCGUGGGGCAAAAAAUCGAACCGCCGGUCGUGGGGGAGGUGUUGCUGAUUGCUCCUUCCAUCUGGAUCGGAACUUGACCCAAGUCACUUCGUGGAUCACUCUUUUGGAUCACGACUCCAAGAAACAAAAGGACCCUAUAUUCCAGGCUGUUCGACCGAUGCUAGCUGUAGUGCGAGACAUGUUAGAUAAAGAACCCGCCAAUCGCCCCUCUGCAUAUCAAGUUGAACACCACUUUUCUGCGGCAGUACACCAACUAAGCGGAAUAGCUACUCGGCACUGCUCCUCUGACUUGAGGCUUCACGUUAAAAGGUCGAGACAAAAGUUACACGAGGCAGCACAUGCAACAACGCCAAGACUUACUGUUUCCUCGACAUCCAGACCAGCAUCACCAAGCACCCAUUUAACAAUAGCGGCCGCCGAUUCACCCCUUGAACCAGACGGAUCUAUAGGGUUUACCCCUUCCCCAUCGCCAUCCGUAGUCGACUUCAACUCUCCUGGCUAUACAGCAACCUACACCGAAAAUAGUGACACCGAUCAGGAGAGUAGCGGGUACGCCGACUCGGACACUGCCCCCUGGUAUGACCCAUCUUGGAAUUAUGGAAUGGCAGUUGGAGAUCGAUAG